GGCCCGUCUAAGGCCCUGACUCCCAAUUUGGGACCACUCAUCCCGUGUGUCAUUAGGCGUCACGCCUUGGACUGUGCUCGCGUCUGCGAUUGGCCUAAUAGGCCUCGCAGGAAGCGGGAAGAUGGGAAGAGCCGGGUGUGAACCCCAGGCGUUGCCCCCUUUCCGGCAGGAUAGUCUGGCCACGCCGCUCCCUCGCGGGUUUAAAUCCCUUCCUCCCCUUGGCUUCGCGAGGACCUGGAUGGUCAGAGAAGCCACUCUCGGGGUCGUUUACCCCGGAAUCUCGGGAGGCUGACAGGGGCGUGCGAGCUCGGGCGCCAGUCCCCGCUCAGGGUCCCCCAGACCCCGCGUGAACCAGGUUCCUACACUCGGAUGGGAGGACGGGAGGCAGCCUCAGGCUUCGUCCGCCUCGAAACCCUGGGCGCUGAAACCAGACAGAGCAGCGCAGCGCCGGGCUGGGAAGGAGCCGGGUGGCGCGGGGACGGCUCAGGGCUCCGGGCAUCCACCCACGGCCUACCGCACCCCGACAGCAGGCCCGGAGGAAGUCAGGCGCGUACCCCGAUUUCAUGAAGAAACCGAGCGACUGAGGGGGAAGCCAUGGGCCAGGCUCCUGCGGGGAGGCAGCAGGUCUCCGGGCCUGAGGACAGGUCCUCGUCCUCGUCAGCCCCUUCUGCCUGUCCCCGCCCUUCCCCCUCAGGACAGCCCCAAAUCGGAGGCCACCAUCUCCACCACGGAGCCUGCCCCUCCCACCCCCCCACCUUCCUGCCCACCCAUUCGCGGGUCCGGGGUGGCAGGAAGGGAGGUGCCGGGCACGGGCCGUGAACAGCAACCCCCUCCCGCUCAGAGCCGCCGCCGCCUGCGCCCCGUCCGCACAGGCCUCACCCCGGCCAUGCCCCCCACCCAGCCCUGGAGCCCCAGCCCUGGGGGGGCGUCCUGGGACUACUCGGGGUCCGACGGCCUGGAGGAGGAGCUGGAGCUGUGUCCCACCCGGGACCUGCCCUACGGCCACGCCUACGUGCCCGCGCUCUACCUGGCGGCCUUCGCGGUGGGGCUGCUGGGCAACGCCUUCGUGGUGCGGCUCACGGCCGGGCGGCGCGGCCCGCGGCGGCUGGUGGACACCUUCGUGCUGCACCUGGCGGUCGCCGACCUGGGCCUCGUGCUCACGCUGCCGCUGUGGGCCGCGGCGGCGGCGCGCGGCGGCCGCUGGCCGUUCGGCGAGGGCCUGUGCAAGCUGAGCUGCUUCGCGCUGGCGGGCACGCGCUGCGCGGGCGCGCUGCUGCUGGCGGGCAUGAGCGUGGACCGCUACCUGGCCGUGGUGAAGCUGCUGGACGCGCGGCCGCUGCGCACCCCGCGCUGCGCGCGCGCCACGUGCUGCGGCGUGUGGGCCGCCGCGCUGCUGGCCGGCCUGCCGUCCCUGCUCUACCGCGGGCUGCAGCCGCUGCCGGGCGGCCGGGGCAGCCAGUGCGGCGAGGAGCCCUCCGACGCCUUCCAGGGCCUCAGCCUGCUGCUGCUGCUGCUCACCUUCGUGCUGCCCCUGGGCGUCACCCUCUUCUGCUACUGCCGCAUCUCGCGCCGCCUGCGCCGGCCGCCGCACGUGGGCCGGGCCCCGCGGAACUCGCUGCGCAUCAUCUUCGCCAUCGAGGGCGCCUUCGUGGGCUCCUGGCUGCCCUUCGGCGCGCUGCGGGCCGUCUUCCACCUGGCGCGGCUGGGGGCGCUGCCGCUGCCCUGUCGCCUGCUGCUGGCGCUGCGCUGGGGCCUCACCAUCGCCACCUGCCUGGCCUUCGUCAACAGCUGCGCCAACCCGCUCAUCUACCUCCUGCUGGACCGCUCCUUCCGAGCCCGCGCGCGCCGCGGGGCGUGUGGGCGCGCCGGGCGCCGGGCGCGCAGGGCCAGCUCCUCGCUCUCGGGCGCCUCCUCGCCCUCCAGGGACGACAGCUCCGUGUUCUGGGGCCGGCCCUGACCGCAACUGCUGACCCGGUCGCUGCCCCGCCGGUGGAGCUGGAGGUGGGCGGCAGCGCAGCGCCGAGGGGAGGGGAGGCCGGGCCGGGGCUGCGCUCCCGGCCGCGCCCGUUCUGCUCCAGCCCGCGCUCCCCACGCCGGCCGAGCUGAUUGAACCCCCAACCGGGCUGCCCAGACCAGCUGCUCGCUCAGCGCGGCCGGCGCCUGCGCUGAUUUUCUCCAGUCCCGGAGAGACCCUGUGAGACGGAGCAGGCACACAGCCUCCCCAGACAGGAGGGCAGCCGAUUUCCUCUCUGCCUCAGCCAGAGUAGCACCGGCCGAGGCCACUCCUUUCUCUGCCCCCUCUGGUCCCCGACUGCAGCCCGUGCCUUCUGAGAAACGCCUUCUUCAAGCCAGACCCUCUGGCCCUCUCACUCUCCAAAACGUUCUAGAGAACAUGGGGAUCCACAGCCCUGGGUACUGGAUCGUCUUUGUAGCUGCCUCGACUGUGUCGUUGGGCACCAUCAAUUCCAGGCUUCAUUUCCAAAGCUCACCAAAGCCGUGGAGACCAGCCCCAAAGGGAGUGAGCCGCCCCAUUCGUUCCUCUGGACAUUUCUCCCCAAGUGAUGGCCCGCCCUGGUUUGUGUCUGGUGACCCUUCUCCGCUCUCCCACGAAGCUGCAGGACUCACCUGGAAAGUCGUUCCGGCCUUCCCUCUGGACAGAGGCUCCUGAAAUCCCGCGCCAGGCAGUGGGAUUCUCGUCCGCUCAGCGGGGCCCCAGACUCCGGUGUGUGAGUGCGCCUCUCAAUAAACACUCGCCAGCCCUCGCCUGACAGCUUGCGUUGCUUGAGCAGUGGGACAGGAGUGAGUGUCGGCAGGGAGGGGGUGGCACGCUGGGCCAGACAGAACUCAACGCAGGAGUUGGGGUUGACCUCAGGAUGACGAGGACUUGGGGGAUGCGGGGACCGUGACGGCCAGCUGCACUGUGACCCCACAGGAGGGCAGCAAAUUGUUUCUUCUUAUUAUUUUUAAGGACAUUUCCCAUUUUGAAGGUUAAAGAAAGGAAACAAAAAAGGUGCAAGGGCACUGCCAGCUAGGUGUCACUUCAAAGAGGACAUGUAUCAUUUCAAUUUUCAAAUACAUAUUGGGCCUUUUUUCCUACCCUUUUGAGACCUUCCAGUACAAAUGUUUGGG